AUGGCAGACAAUGAAAAUAAUGAUGAUUAAGUGAAUUUGGAGGAAGAUCCAAUGGCAUUCUUACCAGCAGAUCAUGUAAAUUGUUUAUCUGAUAAAAUUAGCAUUUGCUGGCCCGUUUGCAAAUUGCCUUACAAAAAUAAUUGAAUGAUGAGCAUUCAAGAGUAGAAUUGGAGUUUGUGGAAGUGGAAGAUUAAUUAAAAAAGCUUGAUAGAGAAAAGGAAGAUAUUGGUACUUGAAAUUAUUAAUAUAAAAGGUGUUCGACUAUAUGGUGUAUAAUAAUAGUUAGCAGAGAAUUAAUAAAAUUUUGAAAAAGCACAUGAAAACUUUAAUUUUGUAUAAAAAUUGAGAAUCGAGAGUGAGCAGAAACUGAAAACCAUUAAUGACCUGCAUUUGCAAAAGAAGAAAGAAGUAGACGAGCUUAGAAAAAAAUAUCUAAAAGCUCAAGACGAAUUAUCGAAACUUACAAAAACUUUGCAUACCAUUGAGAACUAUAAUAAUUAGAUGCAAGCAGAAAUCCAAUAGACUAGGCGAAUUGUAUAUAGAGGAGAAGAAAAUGUGUAAGCAUUAGAGAAGGAUAAGAAAAAAUAAGAUUACUUAAUUGAUUAAAUGAAUGAAGAAAUUAAGAGAUUGACAGAACAAAAGACAAUAUUGAUGGAUCAAUUAAUAUCUCAAAGCAAGGAAACUGAAAAUGCUAGGUAAACAAUGAAGGACGCUCAAGCUGAAAUGGAAAAGAUUAUUGCAUCUAAAAAAAACCUAAUGGAAAGAUGGUAGAAGAGUUUAGUCAGGAUGUAGAGAAUGGACAAUGCUUUAUAAGAAAUUAGAGAAGCCUAUAAGUACGAUUAUUUAAAUAUCAAAAUAGAAAAGAAUCAGAAGUCAAUAUCUAAUUAGGAACUGAACUCUAAGGAAUUAACAAUGAAAUUAGAAAAGAAAAUACAAGAUCAGAGGAUUUGAUAGCUAUGAAAAGAAAAUUGGAAAAUCAAAAGUCCAAUUUAGAAAAUAGGAGACAAGAAUUGCUUGAAGAGUAAGCUAAACUCAAUGCUCAAGUACUUUUAUUAAAUGAAUCUCUAAAAUAAACAGAAAAUGAAACCAAAAAGACAGACAAUGAAUAAAGAAAUGUGGAUGAAUAAAUGAAAUUGAUUGAAACUAAUAUUAUGAAAUUACAUACUGAAACUAAAAGCUUAUUGGAGGACUUAUUAGAUUCAAAGAGUGAAAAUACUACCAUUGAAAAAACUGCCUUGAAUUUAUUGAAGCAGGCCCAAAUAAUCUAAUCUGAAAUAGAGGAGAAGGCAAUUGAAUUAGAAAAUCUUAAUAAUGAAAUUGCUAGAGUUAAAAUUGAUCAAUUAAAUACAGAAUAAUAAAUUGAAUAAUUAAAAUUAAAAAAGGCUGCUGUUAUUAAAGAAAGAGAUGAUAAGAAAAUUACUGUUGCAACUUAUGAAGUAUAAAUCAAAUAGGGUCAUGAGUUGAAUGAAAAAAAAUAACAUGAAGUUGGUAGAUUAAACAAGGUUCAUGAUGAAUUGACAAACAACUCUUCAGAAGUCAGCAGGGGACCUUUAGAAGCAACAAAGUCUAAUCUAAAAAGACAGUUCGAUGAAAUGAUUCAGUAAUGUGAAGCCAUGCACAGAGAUUGGAUCAAGAAGCAAACUUAGUUGGUUGAAAAAACUAAGGAGUAUGAAACAUGUUCCACAGAGGUUGAUGAACUAUCAAAUAAACAAGUUAUUUUGGAAAAUAAAAAAAUGAGAUUAAAUUCCUAAUACAGAUCUCAUGAAAGAGAAAUAAGAGAAAUCAAAAAUAGUCUUAAAAAUCUUUAAAAUGAUAUGAAUAAAUUAAAUGAUGAUUUAGCAAGGUACUAAUUUAAAUAAGAAAAAUUAACAAAUGAAAAUAACCAUAUUUAGAGCGAAUUUCUAGAGAAGUUGAAAGAAUUGGAGAAGGAAGCAGUUAGAUAUGAAGUCUAAAUUGAUAAAUUAAAGGAUAGCAAAGCAGAUUUAUUAAAUGAUAUUAUGGAGGCAGAGAAGUAAAUCUUAUUAUGGGAGAGAAAGAUUUAGUUGGAAAAAGAAAUGCAAGAAGCUUUGGAUCCGAAUGUUGGAUAAAGUGAAUUAAAGCUGUUGCAGAAAGAAAUACAUAAAAUGGAACUUAGAUAAAAGGAAUAAAAGAAGAGUUAAGAGUAAAUCAUAAAAGAGAUGGAAAGAACAGUAUUUAAGAGAGAGACUAUCCAAUUAAAAUAUCUCAACAAAGAUAAAUCUUCCUCAGGAACAAAAGAUCUCAAACUACCUCCUGUUUAAACAAGCAACAACACAUCAUAGGUUAACAAAUAAAUACAAACACUAAAGAACACAUUAAAUUAAACUCUAAUGAAUGGAUAAAAGAUUGAGCAAGGAAUCAAUGCAUAAGAAGAACAACUUGAAAAUGUAGUAUUUAUUAAUAUGCCUAUAGCUCUAAUAAUAAAUCUAGGAAGCCACUUAAAAAUAAUAAUAAAUGGAAUAAGAGACAUAUGAAAGUAAGCAAAGGUUAUACUAUGCAAAAAAUGAGAAACUAUUGAAUGUAUUUAAAAUAAGCCAAUUUUAAUGCUAAGCUAAAAAAUACGAGGAAUUACUAAAUAAUCCAAAAUUACCUUUUCCUGAACAACAAAUUAGAUAGUAAAUUUGAGUGUUAUUAUUAGGAAACUUGAGGAAUAAAAGAAUUUCACCAAUAAUAUCAAGAGUGCAUUAAAUAAGCUGGUUGAUGAGUAGCCAUAAUUACAAGAGAUCUUAACCCCAUUGUUAGAUUUAUGA